AUGGUCGACAACUCUGGACGUAGAGCAGCUGCCAUAUCACCACAAAAGCGUAUCCAGACCUCACGCUUGGGCGAGCAGGACCCCGCCGCACCAGAAAAGUCAAGAUUGACUGGAUCAGGUACCGACCUUCAACUCCAGCCCUUCCACGCCUUCACCACCAGGAUGGAUAUUGUAAACAACAUUGCUAGCAAAAUUUGUCCCAGAUUUAUUCGGAACGGUAAUCGGCGUGUAUUGCUGGGUACUGGCAAUCAGGAUAGAAUUCUUGACCUUCUGGGAAUGAACACUGCGUCACGAGGAUUCCAUGAGGUCUUUGAAGAGAGGAGGAACAGGAAAUAA